AUGCCGAGAUGCUUUUCUACAUUUUCUAGCAGUUUUGUAUCUAUAGAUCACCAAUUUUUGAGGAAGGAAUCGAAAAACUCAGCAGGAAGACAAGAUGGUGGAUUAUAUUCUACUGCAACCACUUUCAUUUCUUCUAGUAAUAAUUCGGAAACCAAGACUUCUAUUAAAUAUGAGAUUGAUGAAAGCUUGGAAAUCAAAGAUGAAAUCAUCCAAGAUCAAGAUACUCUCUGUAAAAAACAUGAUUUAAAAAUAUGCACCGUAAAUAUAAUAAGACCUGCCAUUUUGCCCAUUGGUAACAAACCGUCAACCCGUAAGAAGCGGAAAAAUCAGGAAUCAGAACAGGAACCGGAAAAGGAAUACAAAUGCGAAAAGUGUGCGCAGAGCUAUAAAAAUAAAGCACAUUUGAUUGUUCAUCAAAAAUCCUCAUGCGAUGUCAUUCCACAGUUUAAUUGUAAAUUAUGCGGCAAGCAGUUUACACGGAAAGGAAAUUUGAGUCGCCAUGUGAAAUUUCUGCAUCUUAAAACAGAUUCACAGACACCAGACAGGAAGUAUAAUUGUGACCUAUGUUUUCGAAGUUACAGAUACAAACAGGGUUUAAAUGAGCAUAAACUUAUAAAACAUGCAGCAGUUAUACCGCAAUUUACUUGUGACUAUGGUGACAAAAAAAAAUAUUUUAAAACGAACUUACGACGACGCGUUACGUCACUCCACUUGCAAACAUCAAAAUCAAGGCAUAAAUGCGACAAAUGUUCUCGAAGUUACAAUUGGUUGUGUCAUUUAAAUCGACAUAAAAGUAUUGUCCACGCGAAGUUUACAAGAACAUUUAUUUGCGACUAUUGUAGCUGGGAAACUAACAUGAAAUGUGACUUGCUAAGGCACCUUAAAACACGCCAUGCGCAUACCUGAAAUUAAUUUUUAUAAAAAUCACGAGAUGCAGUCAAUUUUUCUUUUGGAAGAUCCUGAAAGUUUAAUUUUACUCCUUAUCAACAUCGAUAUAAAAUAUAGAUUUAAAUGAAUGUAUCGAUUAUUUGUUAUUUUCGUUCAAAUUUACUAGGAAGUAUUAGCAUCCUCAAUCAUCAUUAACUGAAUAUUGUUUUUGUGGUCCCUGAUUUCUUUAAUGUUAAAAAAAUAGGGUGUUCCUGUUCGAGCAAUGUGCAUAUAAUACGAAACAAAUUUUGUAGACAGUAAACUUUUUGCAUAAGACCUACAGCUAUGUUCUAGGCAUGAAUAACACUAAUGAAUUUUUGGUUUUAUAAUGUGGAACAUAUUCUGAAUUUCUUUAGUUGUGCCAGUAAUCCACCUAGUCAUUUAUCAAUUUAUACGUAUCGAAUUCAAGUUUUGAAAAUCAAUUUGCAUUUCAUCUACGUUAUUGCAGAUUUUACUGUAUGUUAUUUUGUAUGAAGUACUAAAGUAUCACAGAAAAAACAGAAUAUAAACUUUACAUCGAUUUCCGACGAAAGAUUCUCUGCAACAAAAAUAAACUUCACAGGAUAAACUUUACACAAAUAUCGGUUAAACUUUCUUUUGUUUUUCCAUGAAAAAUACAUGUUUUUUGAAAGACGUGAAGUUGGCUAGACAAAACUUAAUCGCUCUAAAAAAUUUUCUGCAACAAAUUGUAUUCUUAUUUUUUGUCUGUGAUUUUAUUGUACGGCGGCGAAUGUAUUCUAUUCUGAUUUAAUAAAAUAAUUAUGUUUUUGAAAUUCAGAUACAGUCUUUAAGUUAAUAUUAAGUAAGUAUGUACACGUAAAAAAAUGCGUCUGUGUGCAUCGAAUUUUCGGUACAAAUAGUCCCGUUUCUAGGUCCCGCUAUUCGUGUUGAAAUUUGGGUAUGCAUAG